AUGAGACUAUCUUUUAAGCAAUUUUAUUUUUUUUAUUUUUUUUUUUUAUUUUGGAAUAAAUUAAAAUCUGAGUCUAAUGAUAGAGUAAAUAAAAAGCAAGGUGGUAUGCCUGAAGAUGAAAAAGAAGAAGUAUAUUUAGAAUUUGCUGAAUAUGAUUUAAAUAAAGAUGGUUUAAUUGAUGCUGAAGAAAUUGUAUUAGUUUUAAAGAAUAUGAAAAAAUCCGAUUUUGUAAAUUUUUUUACAAAGGUAGAUUUGGAUUCGUCAGGAACAAUUUCAAUUGAUGAAUAUAUUAUAUUUAUAGAAUCAAACUAA